AUGGCGGCGCGGGGCACCGAAGCCGAGGCCCUCUUCGAGACGCACACAGCGGCCGAGCUGCGGGAGGUGGAACGGCGGCUGCGGGCCGGCAUCGAACAGAAGCGGGAGGAGCUGCGGCAGAUGGUGGGCGAACGGUACCGCGACCUGAUCGAAGCGGCGGACACUAUCGCCGAGAUGCGGCUCAGCGCCGAGCGCCUGUUGGGUGCCGUGCGGGGCCUGCAACGGGGCGGAGCGGUCCGGUCUGGCCCCGCAGCGCCGGCUCGGCCGCCUGUUCAGGACAUUCUACCGGGCAGCGGCGCAGCUGAAGCUGCUGCUGGACGUCCCCGAGAAGGUGUGGGGUGCCGUGGAGGCCGGCCGGUACCUGCCCGCUGCUCGCCUCCACCUGCUCGGUGGCCACCUCCGCCGGCAGCUGCAGCUCGAUGUGCCCCGUGCCCGCAGCAGCCCCAUCCUCGCCCGCUUCCCAUCCUGCUGCGGCAAGUGGCCGCCGCCAGCCACCUCAGAUCCACCAUCCUGCAGGAGAGCAAGUCCCUGCUGAAGAACCAGACUGUGUCAGACCAGGCAGUGGCAGAAGCACUGUGUGCCAUCAUGCUCCUGGAGGACAGUUCACCACGCCAGGCUCUUGCUGACUUCCUCCUGGCCAGGAAGCUUGCCAUCCAGCAGCUUCUCAACCAGCCACACCACGGUGCAGGUAUAAAAGCUCAGGUGUGUUCACUGAUAGAGCUGCUGACCACCACCCUGUACCAGGCUCAUGCUCUCUUCUACACCAUGCCUGAAGGGAUGCCACCAGAUCCAGCCCUGCCCUGUGGCUUGCUCUUCUCCACUUUGGAGACCACCACAGGCCAGCACCCAGCAGGCAGAGGUGGGGUUCUGGAGGAGGAGGUGAAGCUGAGCAGCUGGUUCAAAUACCUCCCAGAGUCCGUGGUGCAGUUCCAGCCAGCCCUGCGGACUCUGGCACACCCCAUCAGCCAGGACUACCUCAGAGACACUCUGCAGAAGUGGAUUGCCAUGUGCAGUGAUGACAUCAGGGCUGGGGUCAGCAAUCUGCUCAUCUAUGUGAAGAGCAUGAAAGGCCUGGCAGGGAUUCGUGACGCGGUGUGGGAGCUGCUGUCGAGCGACUCCAUGAGCCAGAACUGGGCUGCUGUGUGCCAACGCCUCUUGGACAAGCCUGCUUCCUUCUGGGAGGACCUGCUGCAGCAGCUCUUCCUGGACAGGCUAGAGACUCUGACCAAAGAAGGCUUUGAAUCCAUCUCAAGUGGCUCCAAACAGCUUCUCACCUUAGCCUUGCAGGAGCUUGAGGUCAAAUCCAACACCUCUGCCCUGAGCAAGCACAUCCAGUUUGAGCACAACGUGGCCCUGUUCUUGUGGUCGGAGAGCUCCAGCGACCUCCCUCCCAACGCCGCUUGGGUCAACGUGGCAAACCGCGGGCAGCUGGCCAGGAGCGGCCUGUCCAUGAAGGCCCAGGCGUUCACACCCUGUGUGCAGAGCUUCUGCUCGGCUCUGGACUCAAAGCUGAAGGCCAGGCUGGAUGAUCUCCUGUCCUACCUUCCCGCAGGCUGCUCUGCCACCAAGGAGACCACUGCUGUGGCGCAGGCGCGCUCUGCCUUCGACCGCUUCGCUGAUGCUGGCACCGUGGAGGGGCUGCUCCGCGACCACUGCAUCGCCUGCAUCCACCACCUCCUGGGUUGUGUGCACGAGGAGCUCCAGAGUGCCAAGAGCCUUCUGGGGGGGCAGGGAGAUGCUGCCAGUGAUGCCAGGCUCAAUGCUGUCCUCUUCAUGGCGAGACUCUGCCAGUCACUGACCGAGCUGUGCCCUCACCUGAAGCAGUGUAUCCUGGGCCAGUCAGGCAGCGUGGAGCCAGCGCGGAAGGAAACUCGCUCCACCAAGAAGCUGGGGAAGGGGAAAGCCCAGGAGGUGACCCCUGUGCAGGCCAAGUGGCAGGAGGUGAAGGCAGAGCUCCAGCAGCGGAGCCUGUUUGCUUACCAGAUCUGGAGCUCAGCUGUUACCAAAGGUCUGGUUCAGUGCUUUGCCCACACUUUGCUGCUCGACACAGCUGGCUCUGUCUUGGCCACAGCCACCAAUUGGGAUGAAAUUGAAAUCCAGGAGGAGACAGAAUCUGGAAGCAGUGUAACCUCAAAGAUCCGGCUGCCUGUGCAGCCUUCCUGGUAUGUCCAGUGCCUCCUCUUCAGCCUGUGCCAAGAGGUGAACAGGGUCGGUGGUCACACUCUUCCCAAGGUCACCUUGCAGGAGCUGCUGAGAGCCUGCAUGGCAGAAGUGCUCACUGCCUAUGAAAAGCUUGUGGAAGAGAAGCAGGAGAAGAGAGCAGGCACCUUCCCCAUGACCCAGAACAGAGCUCUGCAGUUGCUCUACGAUCUGCAGUACCUCAGCAUCAUCCUGACAGCCAAGAGCGAGGAUGCCAAGAGCAGCAGGAUGAAGCACGACGCCAGGAUUGAGAAGGUGACAGACUUCCUGGAGGGCCACAUUGACCCAUUUGACUUGGAUGUUUUCACUCCACACUUGAACAGCAACCUCAACCGCCUGGUCCAGCGGACCUCUGUUCUCUUUGGCUUGCUGACGGGGACGGAGAAUCAGUACACGAGCCGGAGCAGUGCUCCGAGCUCCCAGGAGCUCCACAACAUCUUGCCAUUAGCCUCCAGCCAGAUCAGAUUUGGACUUCUGCCACUGAGCAUGUCGAGUUCACGGAAGAGCAAGUCUGCUACCAGGAGCACAGAAAGAGUUCAGGUUCCACCUCCUGCACUCACAAGAGCAGAAGAGGAGGCAGCACGCCCUGGCUCUCUGUUCAGGCAGCUUGUCACAGAGGAGGAAAACAUAGCCACACCUUCCCUCUUCAAGCUGGGAUGGCUUUCGGGCAUGACCAAGUGA